AUUACUUUUCACUCAAUCUUCGAUUGCUUAGCGCCUUUCUUGAUUGCAACGCUCAAGUACCUUGUGAAUGAGUUGGUAUCAWUGAAGCUAGAAUGUCCUGAUGUCUAAUAUUCUGAUGUCAAGGAGUGGAGCAGCAUUUGAAUAAUGAACAAAACUGGAAGGAGGAGUAGUUUGAUGCACCUACCCAUCAMAACAGAAUCACCAAAGAAAUCUGAAGAAACGCCUAAAACUGUAAUAAAAGUCCCUAAAAAGAGCUACAGAAGAAGACGAAGAGCUACACUUGCAGAUCUGCGUUGCAUCGAUAUUCUCAAACCUAUUAAAGAAUCUGAAGAUGAAGAAGAUCAGAAUGCGUUUCCAGAUCGGUUUCGAACAACAUCGUAUGACAAUCUGGAAUUGUCAUUUAGCCAAAGGAUGGACAGAUACUUGACAAAUAACAUUAGUAAUCCAGAAGCUGCUGAUGAAAAGCGGCAGCAAGAGGACGAGCAGCAGCAGCAGGAGAACGGUCAUCAGGACGAGCAGCAGCAGCAGCAGCAGGAGGAGAAGGACCAUCAGGAGGAGGAGAAGGAAGAGGAGGAGAAGGGCCAUCAGGACGAGCAGCAGUUGCAGGAGGAGAAGGGCCAUCAGGAGGAGGAGCAGGAGGAGGAGGAGAAGGGCCAUCAGGAGGAGGAGCAGGAGGCAGAGGAGAAGGGCCAUCAGGAGGAGGAGAAGGAAGAGGAGGACAAGGGCCAUCAGGAGGAGGAGCAGGAGGAGGAGGAGAAGGGUCAGCAGCUGGAGAAGGGUCAGAAGGAGGAGAAGGAAGAGGGGCAGGAGGAUAACAGCGAUUUCGAUAAUGUUAAGAGCACAUUUCAUGAAGAUAGCGGAGAGAGUGACGAUGACAGUAUAUAUAGUGUCGGAGCGAUGGAGAUCAAAAAUUCAGUUACAAACUACGAGAUAUCUUAUAUAAGCGACAAUGAGGAUAUUGUAAACCGCCUUGAUAGAGAAUCAGCUUCUUCACCUGAUAGUGUGCCAUCAGUCCGUUCACAAUCUCCUGUUGAUGAUGCAGAAGARCUUUAUGAGACUUUAAGCGGCAUAGAAAAUAGAAUUCCUCGACGAAAACGAAGUUACAGCAUGUCCACCGGGUGUGAGCUACCGUCAAUUACGGAAGAAUUGGAACGACGRAGGAGCUUGAUGUCAAGAGCCUCGUCAAUUGUUAGCGAUGACGUGUUUGUAGUAGAAACAAAGGGAAAGCAAACAGAUAACGCAAGCAAUUUUCCACCGAGAAUGGAUGGAAACCUAGAAAAUAUCGAGAAAAUUGACACCAAACUGCGAAACGAUUCAAGCAGAAACCAACUCCUUAAAGAUUUCACAAAAAAUGCUCUAGCAUCUAAGAUAAUUAGGAGAAGGAGUAUAGCUUGUCUUCUACCUGCAGCUGUAAAGAAUACUAAUUCAACAUCUACUACGGCAAACGUCAGCUCUUCAAGCUCCAAAACAGAUGUUACAAAACAGCGUAGGCAGUCCCUAGAAUCACUAGUGUCGUCUACAACGUUUGAUAACCAUGCCAAGAAACAAUAUAUUGAUGAUAAUAACAAUUUGAAUCAUCCGCAAAGUAAAAGCAUUAACUUGAAAACUAACCAAGGCAAUUCCGAGAGCAAGAAUUUAGUAAAUACAUUAAAGCAAAAAGUCAAAGCAAGUCUCCUUCGAAGGAAUUCAAUCGCAUCAGCCAAACCAUGGACUGGUGCAAUUGAGAUAUCACUUGCACCRUCCUUUGAUCUUCAUAGCAGUAAGAACAAAGAUGAACUUUCAGCUGAAACACCAAACAAAGCUCAGGGAUCUGGAGCUAACAGCCAAACGAGCAUCAAUGAUGUCGUCUCUAAGCUUAAAAAGCAACCAGCUGCGCAAACUACUGCUAGUGGUAAAGACCUGCGGCCUAAUAACAAACCAAACUCGUGCCUUAAACCUGCUCGUGAAUCUAACCCAGUGAAAACUCAAAUGAAGAAGGACAAUCAAAUAAAAAAGGAAACRAAACCAACAGCAGUAAAAAGUGUUGCUAAGAAAGCACCAUUAACAAAAAGCUUAUCAAUGUCAUCAUUGCCUAUCAAGAAAGCAUCGACGACAAAAAAUGACCYAACUAAACGGCCGCAGUCUCCCAGCCAGUGGAACAGAAGGAUGGGAAAUGAAUCAAAUACCCAUAAGCCACUUGUGCGUACUCAAACGCCUCUCAAGAAGACUGAUGUAGAUUUGAAAAGAUCUGGUGAUGGGUCAAAAACAGCGCCAAUCAAACCACUGAAAUCUUCAGUAUUGCCAUCUAAAUCACGUGAUCCUAAAUCGACAAUAAAUGCUGUUAYGAAGAAACCAGUUCAAGAUAAAAACGCGCAAAAUUCAAAAUCUUCAAUUGGAGAGAAACCUAAAAGAGUUGAGAAGAUAGAAGACAAAAAAACAGUUUCUAAUAAUUGCAAGAGAAAAUCCGACCUAGCGACCAUGCCAGUGGGUUUAAAGCGAGAAAAUUCUCUUUCUAGAACAAAAUUGAGUAGCAAGAAACAGGAAGAAGCGCAAGGUAACUCACAGAAAAAAACAACAGCUAAAGACAAAGUAUCGAAACUUGAUAAAGAUAACAAUGCUAGUUCUGAUAAAAMACCGCAAGAAACUAUGAAGGAAAAGAAGAAAAACACUUCAAGUGCAGGAAAACUAGAUAGCAAAACAAAUAGGGAUACAUCUCCACCAGUUCAAGAUGGAGAGGMUUCUCCACCAGUUAAAGAAGCUGGUCAGCAAGCAAGUAAAGACACCACUAAAACAGGACCCCAAAMACUAGACAAAAAAGAUGAAACUGCUACUUCAGUGCCAAAAGCUGGCGAGCAAACGAAUGAAGCACUUGAUAAAAAAGAGUUUAGUCCAAACAGCCAACUACAACAAAGUAAUGAGAAAGGGAGAGAUGAUACAAAAGAAGAGUCCAGACUCAACCCGAAGAAGAAGGAUGAGGCUACAACCGAACGAAAGGCAUCUGUGAACGUCAUUAGACGUCCAAAAACGUCCUUAACUAUAACAAUCCCAAGUACUGUAAGAAAACAGGCGGACGAGACCAGCAAGCAGUCUACUAUUAAGAAGGUAAAUGAUCAUGAGGYAAGCCAAGUUUCUGUACAAGCAAAUAGUGAUAAAAAAGCAACUACUGCCAAGGAUAAUGAUUUAGAGAAGGAACUAGAAAGUUUUAGCGUGAUGCUUGGAGAGUUAGAAAGCUCGUCUGCAAACGACGACGCGUCGUCAGGGAAGCAUUGCUCUCAUACUGUAGCAAAAACAGAUGAAGUUGUACCUACUGAGAAACGAUUUGCUGCACUGAGUGAGCGGUAUAACGCUAUCAUGGCACGAUUUACAAAGAAAGAGUCUCAGACACASGGUACCAUUGAAAAUAAGUUGACAGUUGAAAAAACAAAACCAUUAUCUUCAAGUAGGGAAACUAGUAUUUUAACUGUUAAUACAACUAAAGAAAACGUGACGGUUGGCUCUUCUUCAUCGAAAAAUGAUACUGACGCUUUGCUCCAAAAUGACUCGCCACAAGCUGCGUACGAAACAAGAUCUUUUCUUGUUGAAAAUGGGAAUGACAUUAAGAAAGCUGAARAAAAYAAAGAACAAGAACAACYCUUGAUUAAAUCAAURGAGGAKAAAGAAAACCAUGUUGAAGUUGCCGACGAUAAAGUGCAACAGCAGCAAAAAUCUUCCGCAAAAAUGAAUAGUUUUCUAGGAGAGAAGGAUUUAAAGGCACGCAACGACAAAGUUACCAACAARGAGCCAUCGGUUUUCGUUGAGAAGUCAGUAUUUUCUGAGCAGAAGACMCAGAAAUCUACRGAGAACAUUGACAACAACAUACCAAAAUAUAAUGAUAAAGAAAMACARAAUUAUGAACUUUUUCAAGAAAAAAGUAGCGAGUUGUCAGAACGUCGUCAUUUUGAAAAUACUCCCAAGACAGACGACAAAAAAAGAUCGAUGACACCAACGCUGUCCGAGGCAAACAAAUCGGGCGUUUCUCUGCGAAGAUCCUCUUCAUUUUCRCUUGGUAGAAAUACAGAUUUAGCCGAGAGGAUACGAACUUCAGUAGAACGAAAAAGCUUCUUGUCGUCAUCUGACAAAACUAGGAGUUAUGACAAUGGAUAUCAGUUGCCAGCUGGAACAUCAGUUAUAGCACAGAAAAUGAGAAAAAAGYUUGAAAUAAGAAAGGCUCUUGAAGUCCGACGGUCGAGAAUAUAUGAAGAUAAAGACAUCCCGUCAACAAUGGAGCAAUUCAACAAAUAUCGAAGUAUCUUGGAAAAGGAAAAACUAAAAACUGAAGUUAAAACUGAGUGUUUAUCAGUUCAUGACAUGCUUACCAGUUUGAGAUCAUCACCAAUGGAAAUGGAGCUYAUAGCACUUUGUAAAGAAUGUACCAAAACACUAAGAACACUGGAUGCUCUUGGAAGUCUGCCUGCAUAUCUAUCACCAGACACCAUCAUUGUGAACCCAAGUGGGACCAUCAAGUUCAAACACCUAACAUCAGAGGUAAAGAUUGAUGAUCUCCUUCUUGCACCAGAUUAUUCCAAAACGUAUCCUCAAACUGAAAAGACUCAAAGUGGCUCUGCAUAG